AUGGCUGCAGUGUUAUAUUUAGCAAUGACAGCAGUCUUUGCGUUAUUGAAUGUGAAUGGACUACCACACGCAAAACGGGAAUCGACAGGUAAAAUUGAAUCAUACAUAUUAGACGGCCGGCCAAGUCAUCAAUUUGUACAACUGGAUGGCAACUUUAUGUUAGAAGCUGGUAACAGGCAUUUUCUUAUAGUUCAAGCCUUGGUGAACAAGACUAUAUGUGUUACCACUUCUGAUUUUUGCUUUAUAGCCAAAAAUUUGAGAAUUUUUAAAUUUUGCCUAUUAAAUUACUAUGAUCGGAAAAAAUGUAAAAUUUCAUAUUCUCUUAUACGAAAAAUAAACUAUACCACUAGAAAGAGCGUAAAAAACUAUAUAUAAGACAAUUAAGUGACUUCUACGUUUUUCCAAUCCUAUUUCGAGUUUUUAAUGUUAAAAAAUGCAGAAAUGACCAAAUUAAUGCUAAUUAGUACCCAUUUUGCCAACUUUAACCAUCUUUAAUUCAAAAUCAGCUUGAAUAUCGCACUAGUCGCUUAAUUAUCUUAUAUAUAGUUUUUUGCGCUCUUUCUAGUGGUAUAGUUUAUUUUUUGUAUAAGAGAACAUGAAAGUUUACAUUUUUUGCCAUCAUAGUAAUUUAAUAGGCAAAAUUUUAAAAUUCUCAAUUUUUUGGCUAUGAAGCAAAAAUCAGAAGUGGUAACACACACAGUCUUAUUCACCAAGGCUUGAACUAUAAGAAAAUGCCUGUUACCAGCUUCUAACAUAAAGUUGCCAUCAAACUCUCUUUAGAGGCACUUUUUGUCACCUUGGCCGGCUGAGUAUAUUUAAAAUUGAAUCAUACAUAUUUUCACUGCCGUGUCGGUUGUUUCAUAUGUGAUAAAAAUCAUGUUAAAUUCACGCAAACUUUAGCUUUGAUUUUCUCGGCUUAUAGACAACGUUGAUUUUUAAAAUUACUUCGCCAAUGAACUCAUAAGAUGGGUCGUUUUUUAAACCAUUUAAAACACUCGCAGUUCGUACUUUAUCAGAUAUAAGACACUUGGCUAUCGCCUCGUGUCUUAUAUCUGAUAAAGUAUACUGCUCGUGUUUUAAAUAGUUUGGACAAAUGUUUUGGGCGUUUUUAUGAAGAAGAUGGACUAAUUCGUUUGGAAUUGGAAAUUUAGUUUGUGUUUUGUUUGCUUGUAAUUCAAAUGGGGGUAUAAUCAAUUAGUUAGUUAGUUAGUCAGUUAGUACGUCCACUAAUUAGUUUAUGAGUUCGCUAAAUUUGUAAGUAACCUGCUUGUGGCCCGAAAUUUCGUUCGAAGGAAAACCGGGAAUUUGAAAACCUAAUUUUUCGUUUCAAAUGAUCGGUUGGUGGGAUGCGAGCAGGGUAUUUAAUUGGUUAAUUAAUUAAUUAAUUAGUUUGUCAAGUCGGUCGGUAGGUCAUUUAUUAUUUAAAUUUUAGUCUUAAUUAUUAAGAGGCGGACCAUUUGGGGAAAAAAAACAAUUUGCGCAAAGGAAAACAGUUUUGUAAUGGGUGAUUCCAACUACCUGUAUAGACUAAAUUUUGAACGAAAUUAAAUCCAACACCACAGCUAUAAAGAGCGUCUUAGAAUGAGUAAAAAUGCAAAGAUAGGUUGCAAAAUGUUGUAAAAUGAAGAAAAUAUAGCCCGGUGAAGUUCGCAAAUUUUGUAUAUAUUUGUAACAACUUUCGGCUCAAAAAUGGUUAUUUUCCCACACGUAAUACAAAUAUAUGCAAAAUUUGCGAAGGGCUAUAUUUCCUCAUUUUACAACAAUUCGCAACCAAACUUUGCAUUUUUACUAAUUUUAAGAUGCUCUUUCCAGCUAUGGUAAUGCAUUUCGUUCAAAAUUUCGUCUAUAGCGCUGGAAUCAUCCCUUAGUUCGUUACUUUAUCAUACUGUACAACAUCAACCCAAAGCUUAUCUUUUAAUCAGUGCAAUGCACCCAAGAAAGAAAUUACGACAUAUACUUCGCCAUCGACGGCUCUCGCAGCAUAACAAGAACCAAUUUCAGACGAGUUCGCGACUUCCUCUACAACUUCAUCAGUUACAUGGAAAUUGGGCCGGAUAAAAAUCAUGUUGGUUUGAUUCAGUUUAGCGAGGAGAAUCUUACAGAUACUGUAUUUAGUUUCAAAGACACGCAAGAAAAAGCAGCCAUUUUGCAGAAGCUGCAAGAUAUGCGGUAUCAUAGUGGACGAGCGACGUUUACUGGAGUUGCGUUGAAGAUUAUUUUGGAUUCGGUAAGGUUUGGAUCAAGGAUCUUUUAUCUGUGUUGAAGCACGGUAGCACGCUGCUAAGUUAUACACACGUAAAACGCACAAGUUGUUACAGUACAGGUCUAUACAAACAAGUUGUUACAAAUCAGUUCACAAACUGUCGACAAGUUGUGUUCGCAUUGCUUGUUCCCAGUUGUUGUAACAAGUUUGAAACAAGCUGUUAAUAACUUGUAACAAGCUCUGUGGCAUUAUCAAACGUGUUACAAGGUUGUUCUAACAAGUUUGAUGCAGUCAUGAUAUAACAAGGAUGUUACAAGGUUGACGACACAAGGUUGUAACAAUAUUGUUAUAUCAUUACUGUAUCGGACUUGUUGGGGCAACCUUGCAACAAGUCUGAUAAUAUCAACAAGGUUGUUACAACUGUUAACAAGUUGUUUCCAUACCCUUUGGUCUCAGUUGUCAAGCACGUGAAUUGACCAAACACACCCUGUGUGCCCUAACUAGACAUCUCUUCAUCUGUUUUCUUAUCCUAUGUCAGGUGUUUACUGGUACUGACUACGACCGACCAGACGCAAGCGAUCUUGUCGUUAUAUUCACAGAUGGUCAAGCCCACGAUGCAAAAGAAGCUAAAGAAUAUGCCGAAAUUUUGAAAAAGAAAGGGGUCCUAAUUAUCGGCAUAGGGGCAGGUCCCCACCUCCAUCGAUUCAUCUCUGAUCUUGAGCAAAUGGUUUCGGGUCCUGGGAACAUUUUCACAUUUACUUUUGCCAACCUAACUAAGAGCGUAGCCAAGAAAAUUGUUGCAAAUCUUGCAAAAGAAAUUUGUCUUGCGAUAGAGUUUCCUACUCCCAUUCCCUUGACACUUGCGCCGACAACCAUCGAAGCACCGACGACUAUUGUCGUCACCACGCCGACGACCACCGAAAAGCUCACGACAACCGAAGCGCCGACAACUACCGAAGCGCCGACGACCACCGAAAAGCCUACAACAACUGAAGCGCCGAUAACUACCGAAGCGCCGACAACUACCGAAGCGCCGACGACCACCGAAAAGCCUACAACAACCGAAGCGCCGACAACUACCGAAGUGCCGACAACUAUCGAAGCGACGACAACUACCGAAGCGCCGACAACUACCGAAGCGCCGACAACCACCGAAAAGCCCACAACAACCGAAGCAACGACAUCUACCGAAGCGCCGACAACUACCGAAGCGCCGACGACCACCGAAAAGCCCACAACAACCAAAGCAUCGACAACCACUGAAGCCAUGACGACUAUUCCUGUUACCACUCCGAAAGCCACCACAAAGCCCACGACGACCGAAACACCAACGACUACUGAAACACCAACAACAUCUCCACAUACUACUGUCGAAGCGACAACGAUAUUACCUACGACAAUGCAACAGACAACAAUCAGCUCAACCACCGGUAAGUAAGCAAAGAUAUUACAACUCGUGCAGCCAACCAAUAUAGUCAGACUUAAGGCAAUAUUUUAUAUCGUUGUAAGGUGGAUAAAAGCAUCUCUUGAGACUUUUCAAAUCUUUUUUGAGAUUGAAAUUUAAAAUAUAGUUUAAUAGUUUACUACAAGUGCAUUGUAAUAAAAUGAAAAUUAUUUAUGCCAUUUUUACAUGUUAGCGAGUUGUGAUCUUCCGUCGUACGAUAUUUUCUUAAUGGUGGAUGGUUCAACAGCCAGCAAUGUCGACUUUACCAAAGUGAAACAGUUUCUGGCCAAUUUUAUGAAUGCGGCGAAUAUAAGUCCGUCGGAAAGUCGUAUGGGUAUAUUACAGUACAGUCUUCCGCAUUUGGCCUCGCUGGAAAUGCGAUUUGCAAGUUCUCAAGUGAAAAGCGAUAUUUUGGAAAAGAUAGAUCACAUGGAUUAUCAAGAAGGCUUUGGUAGAUAUAUUGGGAAAGCAUUAGAAGAUGUGGAAAGUUGGGUUCGUAUAAACUUGCUAAAUUAACUUAUAACGAAUAGCGCCAAUAAUUUUCAACUCUUCUUCGUAGAGGUUCAUUGAGGCCAUGUCUUAGAGAUUUAAACUAAUCUAACUUUAUUUAUGAAGGAUAAUCUAACUUAAUUUAUGCAUGCGUAAAUAAACUCUUCUUCUUGUUCUUGAUAAUCUGUACUGUUUCGGUUUCCUUCUGGAGGUCCAGUGAGCGUAAUUUCUUAUUGGUUUUAUGUUACUUCAGGAGAAAACCGGGCUCUUCGGAGAAAACCUGCAAGCAAUCUCCGAUGCGAAAUUAUACUCAGACAACUGCAUGUUUCAAUAAUCCAUUUCAACGACCGUAAUUAUGUGAGCAGCAACGAAGGCAACACUAUGAUUAAAACGAAAUAUUCUAUUUUGACUUCGACAUCGUUCCAUUUCAUGAAAAGAGGACCUGAUUUUCUUUCUCCCUGACAGAUAUUCUCAGGAAGUCGUGGUGAUCGGCCAGAUGUGAAAGACGUAUUAAUUCUACUAAGUUAUGGUCCGUCUGAUGAUGCCAGCCUAGCACAGAUCGUGGCUCCUACAUUGAAGGCGAGAGACAUCAGAAUAAUACCUAUUGGAGUUGGAACGAUGUCGCAAAGUAUGACGGUAGAACUGCGACGUCUGGCAACUUCUCGUGAUGAUUUGCUGACAACGACUUUCGAAAAUUUGCCUGGCAUUUAUAAUGAUGUAUUGAACAAGCUUUGCCAAUCGAAUGGUUUGGAACCAACUACGACGUCAAAACCCACCACCACUCCUCAACCAACGACAACUCCCGGACCUACAACGACACAGGAGCCAACAACAACUCAGGAACCAACUACAACUCAAGAACCAACAACGACAUCAAAACCCACGACGACUCUUCAACCAACGACAACUCCCGAACCUACAACGACACAGAAGCCAACAACGAAAGAGGAGCCUACGACAACCCAAGAACCAACUACAACACAGAAACCAACGACAUUGGAACCAACAACGACACCGCAACGUACGACCACUCCUGAACCAACAACGACACAAGAGCCAACAACAACACCAAAACCCACAACCACUCCUCAACCAACGACAACUGCCAUACCUACAACGACACAGGAGCCAACAACGACACAGGAACAAACAACAACAUCGCAACCUACGACCACUCCUGAACCAAAAACGACACAGGAACCAACAACAACACCAAAACCCACGACCACUCCUCAACCAACGACAACUCCGGAACCUACAACGACACAGGAGCCAACAACAACACCAAAACCCACGACCACUCCUCAACCAACGACAGCUCCGGAACCUACAACGACACAGGAGCCAACAACGACAGAGGAACCAACAACGACACAGGAACCAACAACGACACCGCAACCUACGACAACUCCUGAACCAACUACAACACGGGAACCCACAACCACUCCUCAACCAACGACAACUGCCGAACCUACAAUGGCAGAGGAACCAACAACGAUAGAGGGGUCUGCGACAAAUCCUGAACCUACGACAACACCUGAACCAACUACAACACAGGAACCAACAACAACACCAAAACCCACGACCACUCCUCAACCAACGACAACUCCGGAACCUACAACGACACAGGAACCAACAACGACAGAGGGGUCUGCGACAAAUCCUAAACCUACGACACAGCCAGCAACGGCUCCAACACCUACGACAUCUGGCAGAAUACCAGCAGGACCUACAGGGAUUAUGGAAGCUAGAGGUAAUGGAUUAUAGAAACGUCUCAAUAGGGACAAUAGAGAAGGUAAGGCUUUCGUUUAUGCAUCCAGUGUAGUAGCAGGAGCGAACGAGAUUGCCAGAUGAAAACCUGCUGUGUUUGGUAGAUAAAAUUUUGGUACAGUAUAUUUAUUCUUUCAUGUGCUAUUCGUGGCGCAGUGGUUAGGCAUGUGCAUUUCACCUCUCAAUAUUAUUUCCUGUUUGUUUCAGACUGCACCGAACGUGACAUCUUCUUUGCAAUCGAUGGCGGAGCGAGCGUAGGGCCUGAAAAUUUCCGGAAACAAGUGCAGUUUCUGGAACAGUUCGUGCAGAACAUUGACCUGGGUUCCAGGAAGAUAAGAGUCGGUUUGCUGGAAGUUAGCAACAAAGAACAAACUGAAAUUAUAUUCGGGUUUGGCUCCUCGCAAAAUCCGCUCGAUAUCCAGUAUUUACUCAAUGAUAUGCCGUAUUAUAACAAGCAAGAGCGAUAUGUUGGCGAAGCAUUGAAGAAGAUAUAUAAUUCGGUGAGUAUUGAGUCCGAGACAAUUCGCCGUGUAAACGGUUACCUCAAUGAAUUUGUAACCUCUGAUGGCUAUAAAUCUUUCUUAUCUUGUUUAUAUCUACUUAAGCAGUUUCGAGCAUUUGUUUUCAUUUGUUAAAAUAAAGAAUCUCCACUUUAAUCCGACAACUGAAUCUGUGGAACGUUUUCGUUUGUUAUUCCCCCAUUGUAAACCUCGGAUCCAACAACCUUUCUUCGUACUAUUGUAGUGUAAACGGCUAUCGUAUCCGCAUACUCAAAUCUGGAAACUUAGCGAAUUCGAAAUCUUUUGCUCUGGUCUGUGUGAACGAGGUCUUAUUCAUUCUGUUACAGGUAUUUACGGGUACUGACGGGGACCGUCCGGAGGUUGACGAUAUCCUAGUCGUACUCAUGAACGGUCUUACACUGGAUGCAGCGAUUGCGAGCGAGUACUCGGAGAAACUAAAAGUCCGAGGAGUGAGAAUUAUUGCAGUCGCUAUGGGAACCGAGACGGAAUCGUUUGAAGAUCAGAUUGAACUAAUGGCGUCCGGUCUCCAGGACAUGCUUAAGACGCCUUUUGAUUUUCUUAAUGAAGUUGGGAAUUACGUUUUGAGCGGAGUUUGUACAAUGGUGGAGACAACAAACAAGCCAGGUAGGGUCAAUACUAUUUAGCAUAUUUUGCGCAAAUAACUAGCUAAUAUGAUGGUGAACGAAGAGCCUGAAUAGACAAUAGAAAGCUUAUGCACGACGUGGGACAAGGCAAGGACUCUCGACUCUUACUGAACCUCUAGGGAGAUGAGUUUAGAACUGGUGGAGCUUUCCAGUAUAAAUAAAGUUUGUUUAGUUAAUUUAGGUUUCCUCUUGUAGUAACACUAGAUCAAUAAAAGAAGACCCGUCUGGACCUCCAGGAAGAACACUUUAGAAAAGAUAGAUCUAUCCAGUAUAAAUAAAGAUAGUUUACAGUUUAGGUUUAGUCAAUGUCCUCCUACAGUGACAAUGGACCAGUAAGGGAUUACCCUCAGUAGAUCCGCAGAAGGUACAGUUUAGAACUGAGUUUAGAGCUGCCUGGUAAAUAUAAAGAUCAUUUAGUUGAAUUUAAUCUUAUACUUGUGAAAUCAACUGCAGUUCUGACCACACAACAAGUCACAACACAACAGCCCACAACCAAGGCAACACAGCGUCCUACAAAGAGCCCACCUCCUGAAGUUUGCACAAGUAAAAAAUCUAAAGACAUCCUGUACAUGGUGGACAGCACAGUGAAUGUCACCGAGUCUGUACUGCAAAGGAUGAAAGACUUCAUUCACUAUUCAAUGGCUCGAUUCAACCAACUUGAUGAAUCAUUCAUGAUGGGUGUUAUGCAGUUCAGCGAUGAAAGUUCGGCCGAAGUUGUCAGGAAGAUGUCGAAAUACACGAAUAGAGAAGAUUUGGAGGAAGUUCUGAAGAAAAUGAAGCCUCAAAAAGGAUUGAAAAGACUCACUGGAGAUGCGCUGGUUGAAGCUAGUAAAACGGUUAGUUUUGCGAAUAUGACUUUUUAGUCUUCGAAACUAAAUCAUUUUAUAUGCGAUGCUUGUACAAAAAUUAUGAUGGACAGUUCUACAGUAUAGUGGCUUUAUGUGCGAAACAAUACACAUUAUAAGUCUCAGUUACACUAAGCUACAUGCUAUGAUGCUCUGAAAUGGCUUAUUGCCGUAGGCAUUUGCACAAACAUAACUAUGAUUGGCUGGAUUGCAGUGGGAUAACAGUGAGAACAACGGGAUUUUCAAAACAAUGAAAAGACAAUGGAUUAUUGCGAUCACUGAAUUGUGACGUGAUGGGAUGUUGAACAGUGAGAUUUUCAAAACAAUGAAAAGACAAUGGAAUAUUCUGAUCGCUGAAUCAUAACUGGUUGACUUGGAGAACAUUAGGAUCUUCAGGACAAUGAAAAGGAAAUGAGCAUUCUGAUCACUGAAUCGUGACUGGAUUGCACUAUUGUUACACGGCGUCCGUGCGAAUGACCAUUAACUCUCAAAUAUAGAAGAUUUCUAUAUUUCACGUUGAAUAAAUACACCAAAAAUUAUUUCCCCUUCUUUGCUUUAGUUUUACGAAGUGAACACAAACUCCCGACGUUACGAAGUGCAAGAUAUCAUCAUUCUGCUUACAGACGGCAAUGCCAACGACCAAGCAAAAGUCACCCACGAAGUCGAUUUACUCAAAGCGAGAAACAUCAAAAUCAUUGUCAUUUCUAUCGGAGAUUUGCGUUAUGUUGUGGACCAAAAGUGGAACGAGAUAGUGAAUGUUACAUAUUUGUUUACCUCUACACUGCAACCGCCGUCUUUUGGAAUCUUGUUUGAUUACGUAUGGCGGCCAAUAUGCUCCGAUAUUUACUACAGAAAAAAUUGUGAGUAUUGCCCUAAUUUAAGGCUACCGCGCACACGAGAAAUUUGCAGAGCGAACCAAAUAUCAUUUCAAAGCUUCUUAGGAAUGAGAUGUUAAAAGAAUUGAGGUUAGGUGCACCUGAAGCUUUUUGCAUCAGUAGCAACUACAGUUGGUAAGUGGAAUCUAUUGGUGGUUUUCAACCGAUCCUUUGAGAUUUAUUAGACACGAGCUAGGAAAACACCCUCCAAAUACAAUAGCUGUUAAUGAUAUUCUUUUGUUAGCAUUCCUCCAACAUCGUCGACACGACGUCAAGUUCAAACCAAGAAUUAGUGAAAUUGAUUAAACAAUUUUAAUAAUUCCAGAUCCACCAGCCUCAUUCCAGUGCGAUGGCCGGCCACAUGACAUAUACUUCACAGUGGACGGUUCAGCGAGCAUUAAAUCCACGAAUUUUAGAAGUGUGCGAAAACUUUUACAAGAUCUCAUUAUCCUGCUAACCAGACAGAAUGAUAAUUUAAAUAUUGGGAUAAUGCAGUACAGCCAGGUACAAAAAACUGAAAAGGUUUUGAGUCUUGGUAAACAUUCCACAGAAGAGAUACUGGACGCAGUACAAUCAAUGAAUUACCAUGCUGGACUUGCCACGAAAACUGGUAACGCUUUGAGUAGGGUUAGCACAGAGGUAUGAAUUGUGUUUUGUUUUAGAUGUAAUAUUUUAAAUCCGACUAUGAGGACUGGACUAGAUUUCAAAUCCGCGCAAUUUGAUCACGUCUGAGACGAAGUCGAGUAUAACAUCUCAUACGAAUAAAUCACUACUUAAUUAAUUUGGAUGCAGUCCAAGGACUGAUUUAAUUUUGAUCCAGUCCUAGGACAGGAUCAAUAUAUUUCAUCAGGUAUCCAGUAUUAUCAUGUGAGCAAAAUAAAGCAAUAUUUGAGAUAUUUAUAUCCAUUCCAACGGAGACGAUUGAUCAAGUCCUAGGACUGGAUGAAGUUUUGAUCAAGUCCUAGGACUGGAUGAAGUUUGAUCAAGUUCUAGGACUGGAUGGAGUUUUGAUCAAGUCCUAGGACUGGAUGAAGUUUGAUCAAGUCCUCUGACUGGAUGAAGUUCGAUCAAAUCGUAGGACUAAAUGAAGUUUUGAUCAAGUCCUAGGACUGGAUGAAGUUUCAUCAAGUUCUAGGACUGGAUGAAGAAGGUUGAUCAAAACUUUAUUCAGUCCUAGGACUUGAUCAAAAUUUCAUCCAGGCCUAAGACUUGACUAAAGUGUUAACUAAUGCUGGGCGAAUUGGUCAAAUUUUAUCUAGUCGUAGGAAUUGAUCAAAGUGAAUACAAGGUUAGUACCUAAUGUAUGUUAAUAUUUUUAGGUUUUCAACAAAUAUGGUGGUGAUCGUCCUUUAGUUGACGACAUUCUCAUUCUGCUGACGGACGGCAAUGCGCAUGACCUACGGCUGGCCCAUCAGAUGGCAGACGCAAUGAAAUCACGUGAUAUCAAAAUCGUGGGCGUCGCGGCGGGAAAGGAGACAGAAGUGAGGAAAUUCAGGGGCGAGCUAGAAGGAAUGGUGACGAACAAGGAUGACAUCAUUAGUGUAAAUUUCCACGACCUCGCAACCUUCGCUACCAAACUUCUUCGAAUAACGUGCGAUUAGUUUUCAAGUUUUUAAUUUUUUCACUACACUUGUAAAGAGAGGCAUCUAUUCCAGUACUCUUGGCCAAGAUUCUAGAAGAUUGCUACGACAUACACACGUAAAUACACACAAGUUGUAACAAACCUGCAGCAGACUUGUAACAAUGUUGUUUCAACAACUUGUCAACAGGAUGUGUUCGCACUGCUUGCUCUCAGCUUGUUGACAAGUUGUCAACGGCUUGUUGACAACUUGCUUGUUUGUCAAUGGCUUGCUGACACGGUUAUUGAGCUGAGCAGACUUGUUACAAGUUGUUCCAACAACUUGUUUCGUUCUGCAAUUCACCAAAUUUUAUCUGUAAAUUUUAAUGACACACAAUUGGAAAAUUAAAAAACAAAAGUUUUUUGUGUUUGCAAAGCAAAAAUUUCCCGCCAGAUAAACGACAUCCGGGACACCGGUCCAGAUACGGAAAAUACGGACCACGGUCCGGAUAUGGGCUUUUAUGGACCACUUGUCAACCAAUCAGAAUAGAGAAUUUUGAAAAGCCAUAUAAUAAGUAAUGUUUACAACAUGAGCGGCCGUGUUGUAUCGGAUAUACAAACUGGAGCCGAAGGCGAGAGUUUGAAUAUCCGAUACAACAGGGACGCGAAUGUUGUAAACAACUUAAAAAACGACUUAUCUUAUGAGUUCAUUGGCGAAGUAAUUUUAAAAAUAAACUUUGUCUAAGCCGAGAAAAUCAAAGUUAAAAUUUAUGUAAAUCAACAUGAAUCUGUAUCACAUACACAGAUACGACACGCUUAUGAUUUUUCUUUGUGCUUUCUUCAUGAAUUAUUAAUGAGUUUUUUAAAGAGUUAUCACAUUCCUUUACAGAAUGACUUAAAAAUUACACUUUAAGCUAGUUAAUACUAAAAACUGGUUUACACUAUAAGAGCACAGAGAAGAGAUAUACAGAGAGGACACACGCGGUAAAUUGUGUCACGCCGAUAUAUUCAGUCACAUAUGACUAGCUACCAGGGAUGCCGGAAGUUGCUGGGGGCAAGGGGUGCA